AUGGCAACACUAGCAGCAUUACCCGCCGCCAUGGCCAGAAUUCUGCUUUGCCUCUUCGUUUUGGCUCGAGUUUGCGCGUCGAUCGGUUCUCGACUCCCGAUCGACGACGGCAAGAAAUUCUUCGACGUCAUCGAGUACGGCACCGUGGGCGACGGUCGGACCGACAAUACCAAGGCAUUCAAGAAGGCUUGGAACGAUGCAUGCGAAUCUAAGGCGAGCGUGCCCACCAUGCACAUUCCUCAGAACAAGACGUACUUGCUCCAACCUUUGGUAUUGCGGGGUCCUUGCAAUUCCCAAAAUCUCACUAUUCAGAUUGAUGGUACGCUGGCGGCACCGGGCGAUCCGUCGGCAUGGAAGAAGCGCGACAAGAAAAGUUGCCGGCAUUGGAUAAUGAUCGGUGACGUGGACGGCCUCUCCGUCCUUGGAUCCGGCGCCAUCGACGGUAACGGCUCCGGGUGGUGGGACCACUCCCUCUGUCGCCAUCGCCACGUCGGCUGCGGCAAGAAACCAACAGGGCUUGUAAUAGACAAGUGCAACGAGGUACGCUUGAGCGACUUGACGUUCAAGGACAGCCCGCAGAUGCACAUCGCGAUCGAGAGGUCGACACGCGUGCGCGCCGCCAACCUCACCAUCACGUCCCCGGGGCACAGUCCCAACACCGACGGUAUCCACGUCCAACGCUCUCGGCAUGUCCGGAUUCAUGACUGUCGCAUUGGAACAGGCGACGACUGUAUAUCGAUCGGCAACGGUUCGGCACAUCUCGACAUCAGCCGGAUCACCUGUGGCCCGGGCCACGGAAUAAGCAUUGGAAGUCUAGGAAAGCAUGGAUCGCGCGAGACCGUCGAGGACGUGCGCGUUAGGGAUGUUCACUUCGUGGGAACUUCUAAUGGAGUUAGAAUAAAGACAUGGCAGGGACGGAAAGGCUACGCGAGGGACAUUGUAUUCGAGCGCAUCACGGUUAGUAAUUCGUCCCAUCCCAUCAUCAUCGACCAAUUCUAUUGCGACCACCAGGAUUGCAAGAAUCAGACAUCAGCGGUAGAAAUAAGCAAUGUGACGUAUUCGCAAGUGAACGGGACGUCGCGCGCGAAAGCAGCGGUGGAGUUCGCAUGCAGCAAUAAGCAUUCCUGCAGAGAUAUAUUGAUGAAGGACAUAACUUUGAAUUUGACAGCGAAAGGAAAAGAGACAACCUCAUACUGCUCCAACGUUAGGGGGCGCAGGAACAGCAACAUCUUCCCCAGCAUCUCUUGCUUGGAAGAAGAUGAAGAUCUUUAGUCCCUUUUGCAUUGCAUCGUCUCGACUUUGGUUUCGCAAGGCGGGAUAGGGUCAUAUCGGAGAUAAUAUCAUGGUUCGAUGUACAUAUAUAAUCUGAUGAU